GAUCGACUAGGUUUUUCUCUCUCGCAUCCUGAUAGCCCUCACUAACACGAGAAGCUCCGUUUUUCUUAUCUUUCCGUUCGAGUACUCCGGCCGUUUUUUCUUUUUUCUCCAUUCCCCAACUGACACGUCGUUUGUACCUAUUACACAAUGUCUCGCCGAACUGUGUUGGCCGCCCUUGUCGGCGUGCUGCUGCUCUGCGUGUGCGUCGUGCGGGCCGAGGUCUUCUUCCACGAGGAGUUCAACAGCCUCGACGGCUGGGUGCAGUCGGAGCACCGCAGCGACUACGGUAAGGUGAAGCUUUCCGCUGGCGCGAUGCACGUGGACGCGAAGAAGGAGCAGGGCCUGCAGCUCUCCGAGGACGCGAAGUUCUACGCCAUCUCCACGAAGCUGCCCACGCCGGUCAGCAACGACGGCAAGAACCUCGUCAUCUCCUUCUCGGUCAAGCACGAUCAGAAGCUGGAGUGCGGCGGUGCCUACUUGAAGUUCUUCUCCGAGCUGGACCAGAAGGACUUCAACGGGGAGUCGCCCUACUGGCUCAUGUUCGGCCCGGACACCUGCGGCGCGACGAACCGCCUGCACAUCAUCCUCAACCACGACGGCGAGAACUACCUGUGGAAGAGCAACUCGAUGCCUGCGAAGGACAAGGCGACGCACGUCUACACGCUGGAGAUCGCGGCGAACAACACGUACCAGCUCUACAUGGACGGCAGUUACAAGAAAAGCGGCAGUUUGGAGGAGGAGUGGGAGAUCGUCGCGCCGAAGACCAUCCCGGACCCCGACGAGCAGAAGCCGGCGGACUGGGUGGAUGACUCGAUGAUGGACGACCCCGAGGACACGAAGCCCGCGGACUGGGACAACGAGCCGGCCACCAUCGUCGACCCCGAAGCCGUGAAGCCGGAAGACUGGGACGACGCGGAGGACGGCGAGUGGGAGGCCCCGCAGAUCCCGAACCCGGCCUACCGCGGACCGUGGACGGCGCGCCAGAUCAAGAACCCGGCCUACAAAGGCGUGUGGGAGCCGAAGCAGAUCCCGAACCCCAAGUACGUGCCAAUGCCGAACCUCUACAAGGUGCCGGCUCCGCUGCAGUACGUCGGCAUUGAUGUAUGGCAGGUGCAGGGCGGCAGCAUCUUCAACAACAUCAUCCUCGGCGACGACCUGCAAGAGGUGCUGAAGCUGGUCCAGGCCACCUACGGCGCCAUUGCGGAGAAGGAGAGGCAGCUGAUUGAGGCGGCGGCGGAGAAGCAAAAGGAGGAGAAUGCCAAGGCUACUGCGGCUGCCAAGGCGAAGAUUGCGGAGGAGAAGGAUGAAGUUUCUGCGGAGGAGACGGAAGCCGCUUCCCCGGAGGGCGACGAUGACGAAGACCUGUAA